CCGAGUCAAACACACUUGAGAAAAAAAAAACGCGUUCAACAAAAUACUCUGAACUUAUACGCCUUUUUUUCUCUCUAUCCUCGCGCUUUCCUUCUAUUCGUUUCCCCCCCUUUCUCAAUCCUUGUAUUAAAACUCUCCUUCUUCCUCUUCUUUUCCAUCCAAAUUCCUCUAAUUCACUCACUAGUUCAAUUUUAUUCAACCAUGGUUAUCCACGAUCUAAACAUCAACAACAAAUCCAUCAAAAUUCGUGAAGUUUGGGCUUCUAAUCUCGAAUCUGAGUUCCAGUUGAUCCGCGAUCUCAUCGAUCAAUUCCCUUGCGUUUCAAUGGACACGGAGUUCCCCGGAAUCGUUUUCGCCGAUCCAGCCAGACCCUUCAACUUUCAAAGUCAGCCCUCCGAUCACUACAGACUCCUCAAAUCCAACGUUGACGCUCUCCAUCUCAUCCAGAUCGGAAUCACUCUCUCCGAUUCCGACGGGAAUCUGCCGGAUCUCGGCACCGACGACACCCGAUUCAUCUGGGAGUUCAAUUUCAUGGACUUUGACGUGGCGCGUGACCUCCACGCUCCGGAUUCCAUCGAGCUUCUCCGCCGUCAGGGAAUCGAUUUCAAUCGGAACCGAGUGGAAGGGAUCGACUCGUCCCGAUUCGCUGAGUUGAUGAUGUCAUCGGGACUCGUUUGUAACAACUCAGUGAGUUGGGUGACGUUUCAUAGCGCCUACGAUUUUGGGUAUUUGGUUAAGAUUUUGACACAGCGAAGGCUUCCGGAUCGGGUAGACGAAUUCCUCGGCGUUCUUAGGGUUUUCUUCGGCGAUAACGUGUAUGAUAUGAAGUACUUGAUGCGAUUCUGCGAGAGUCUCUACGGCGGUUUGGACCGGAUUGCGAAGAUUCUGAACGUGAACCGGGCGGUUGGAAAGUGCCAUCAGGCCGGGUCCGAUAGCUUGCUUACGUGGCAUGCGUUUCAGAAAAUGAGAGAUACGUAUUUUGUACAGAAUGAGAUGCAGAAACAUGCUGGGGUAUUGUAUGGAUUAGAGGUCUUCUAAUUAAUUGUAGAAAAAAAUUAAAUUAAAUAAAAAAAAAACAAAGAUUUAUUAUUUAUUUAUUUCCAUAUGUUUUCAUAUUUCAUAUAGAAAUAUUAACAUAUGGAUUAUUGGAAGGAAAUGAUAUUUAUUGACUUAAUUUUCAAAAAAUUAAAAAUCAAAUGGUUACCAAUCAGAA